CUAUGUAAUAAAAAUUAUUAUAAAAUAAAAUUAAUAAAUAUUUAACAACAAAAAAAUUUGCAAAUGUAAAUGAAAUUUAUAUAUCAGAACUUCUUAGAGGUUAAAUUUAAUAGUCUUCAUGUUAGUCUGAAACUUUUAUAUCAUCACAUAUAUACAUUUAAAAAAAAAAAAAAAACUUUUCGCUUACCUUGAAGAAAAAAAUUUUUUUUCAGUUUAUCAGCUGAUGAUAACAGAUUAAGUGUGAAUUUAUGGGUGAUCAUAGCCAGUGAUGUAAAAAAGUGAUAACGAAACACGAACUUUUUUACUGUAAUUUGAAUGUGUGACAAAUUAAACUCGUUAUUUUAUCCGUUAUUUCAAUGAUUUUCUCACACCUUCUUUCCUUCUUUUGAUGAUAAUAAAUUAUCACAUUUAUCGGGAUAAAUUAUACGUCUAAAAUACUGAAUUUAUUUUUUUUUCUCUUGUUGAAAUGACUAGUUCAUUUAGUUCCGAGGAGGCUGUGGAAAAAGCUUCAACAUCGACUCGUGACGCGUAUCAAUCGGAAAAAGACGCGACUUCUUCACCCCCUGCAGAGUUUUCCGAUUCUAUCGACAAAUCGAGAGAAUUGGGUGAAGGUACGAGUUCGAAUUUAGCUGAAAAAAGCUCGAUUAAGGAGAUGAUAAUUGAUCAAUCAAUUAUCAGUGAAGAAGAAAGACAAAGUAAUAUAGAAUUUUUUGUUGGAAGAGGAUUGAAAACGCCUGAACGUUACAUGAAAAUUAGGAAUUAUAUUUUAAAUGCUUGGUUAAAAAGUCAACCGAAAUUCGUUUCUAAAACAAGCGUCAGACCAGGACUUAAGGAUUGUGGUGAUGUAAAUGCGAUUGGACGAGUUCAUUUAUAUCUGGAGUCAAUAGGAGCAAUUAAUAUUGGCAAGGAUUCCGUAAAAAAAGAGAAGCGUCCUGUAAAGAGAAAAUCACUUGAUGAGACUACAAAGAAAUCAAAUACUAAUAUAAAACGUAAAGGGAAGUUGGAAGAUAGUGACUAUCGUCGAGGACGGUAAGAACAAUGAAUCAUAUUUUGACAAAUUGCUUAAUUUGAUAGGAACGUUUUGAACUUUAA